GAUUGGCAGCAGGUUUUUUUUAGUGCUGCCUAUCUGUGAAUGCACGUGUUUUGAGUCGAAAGCUCCUGAUUCUGUGGCUUUUCCACCUUACGUUCAAUGGGGCCUUGGCCAAGUCUUGGGGCUUGAGGCUGGUCGCAAUAGGUAGAAAGCGUCUUGUCUAGUCUAUUGUAGCGGCUAGAAGGACUGGUCGCAGUGCUGCAGGUAGGAUUGUACGCAAGCGUCCGUAAGCAUUAACGUUCGUGAUACUUGAAUAGUAUUCACUGAAUACUACUCACUGAGAGGUGAACGCAGUGCAAGUAGGUACACGUAGUAGGUAAGUAUGAAGCGUCUUGGCUGCCAGUGAAUCACUAGUGCUGGUCGCCGCAACUUCGGAAGCGCACUUUUAAUUUCAUCGUGGACACAACACCUCAAACUACCCCUUCACCAUGCUCCGAGUAUUCAACAUUGUGAUUGCGGUCGCAGUCUUAUUAGUAGUAUCCAGUAGUCCAACGAUUGCAGAAUCUAACGAGAGCGCGAUCAUGCCGAACAUUACUCGGGACUUCGUAGGCUACGGGCAGCGCGGUUUUGACCCCAAGUGGCCAGGCGGCAAGAAGCUGGCUGUGCAGUUUGUCCUCAACUACGAGGAGGGCGGCGAGAACAAUGUGCUGGACGGCGACGCUGCGUCCGAGCAUCUCCUAUCCGAUAUCGUGGGUGCUGUACCCUACGUGGGCCAGCGCCAUAUGAACAUGGAGUCGCUGUAUGAAUACGGUAGCCGCGCAGGCUUCUGGCGUCUGCAUCGCGCCUUCACGGAGCGUCAGAUGCCACUCACCGUCUACGCUGUGGGCCUCGCGCUCGAGAAGAACCCAGAGGCUGCUCUGGCGAUGAAAGAUGCCGGAUGGGAAAUCGCUAGUCACGGAUACCGCUGGAUCGACUACCAAAAUGUUGACGAGGCUACAGAGCGUGAACAUAUUCGCAAGACUGUGGCUGUCCACGAGAAGCUGCUGGGUCAGCGUCCAGUGGGCAUCUACCAGGGCAAGCCGAACGUCAACACCCGUCGCCUGGUGGUCGAGGAAGGAGGUUUCCUCUACGAUGCAGACGCCUACAAUGACGACCUGCCCUACUGGAACACUCAAUACGGACGUCCGCAUCUGGUCAUCCCGUACACGCUCAACAACAACGACAUGAAGUUCGUUUCGGCGCAAGGUUUCAACUCCGGAGACCAGUUCUUCACCUACCUAAAGGAUGCGUUUGAUGUGUUGCUGGCUGAAGGACGUGCUGGACAGCCGAAGAUGAUGUCGGUUGGGCUGCACUGCCGCGUGGUGGGCCACCCGGGACGCAUCGCCGCUCUGCUGCGCUUCCUGGACUAUGUUCAGAGCUUCGAGGACGCUUGGAUCUGCACGCGCGAGGACAUUGCACGUCACUGGUACAAGAACCACUACCCGCAAGACACUGCUAGCUCCAAGCUUUAAGAUCUGCAACGUACCUACGUUGCCAUCUUGUUAACAAGCACGUCAAUGCACCGAACAAUGAAAAGGAAAAAAAGCGUCUAACUACUAUUCUUUGAAUGGUCAAUUCAGGUCCAGACUCCUUACAUGCUUCACUUUGCAGCACUCGUAUAGUCUACCUGGUCACGAUGGC